AACCUACUGCUAUAUAAACACCUACAACAUGCCUAAGCUUUCUCACAUUUACUCACAACUACAUUCGCAAUCAAAAAAAAAAUGUCUACCGCAAUGGCAAUGAAAGUGACCCCUUUGAAAGAUGUGAAACCCUACAAAAGUGGCUGGAAAGUACAUGUGAAGGUUCUGCACUCUUGGAAGCAGUACAACCCAGUGCACGGGGACACCCUCGAGAUGGUGCUAUCCGAUGAAGCUGGAUGUAAAAUACAUGCCUCUUGCAAGCGAACUUACAUGGAGAGUAAAGGCCGCCUUCUUCCUGUUGGAGCAUGGAGGCACAUCCAGAAUUUCACCCUCAGUCCUUCAACUGGCAUGUACCGAGCAACCGAUCAUCCCUUCAAAAUGAGCAUCAUUCAGAAUACGGCAAUCACAAGGUCUCCUCUGAUCAACGAAGACAUGUUUCUGAGCUUGGUGGACUUCCAGACUGUUUUGGGUGGAUCACUCAAAACAUGUUUUCUCAUUGAUGUGAUUGGUCAAGUUGUGGACUUGGGAGAUCUUGAAACUAUUCAAGUCUCAGGCAAGCCAAGGAUGAAAAUAGAGUUUACCCUUCGCGACAUGAAUGAUGCUCGUGUUCCCUGCUGUCUGUGGGGUAAAUUUGCGGAGAUCCUCUACGAGGGGUGUAGUAAAGACGAAGAAGGGAAGCCCAUUUGUCUAAUAAGAUUUGUGAACUCCAAAUCACCAAUGCUUUUGAGGCAUCACUGCUCUUGA